AUGGGCCGACCUCAGUUGUACAACUCAUCUGAAGAAAAGGCAAGAGCUGCUCGUAAAUAUAGACAGGCGUAUAAAGAAAGCAAUGCGAAAUCUAUAAACCAACAGCUAUUCACAGUGAUCAGAAACUCAUCCCGCGAUUUCGCAGAAACUUUAUGCUGCGCACUGAUUCAGUGCGAGCAGUCUGAAGUGACGAACGGCCUCAUCAAUAUCCUCGCAGCGCUCGACAUAAUUGAGGAUCUAGAACUUGAGGCACGCAAGGAUAUAAUUGCAUGGGUUAGGAUCGAUAUGGACGCCUUGGAUGAGGCGUACGAAAAGGGGGAGAUUUAUCACCAGUAUGCUAACAGUAUCUGCAUGAUUGAUUUGAUCCUCCAUUCUCUCUCAGCACAGAAACUUCUAUCCCUUUCUGGGUCUCGUAUCCGGGCCCUCAGGCUGCCAUUUAAUGGAUCCGCGAUGGACCAUCCACUGUCUGCACGAUCAUCAUGCUGCGUCCCCCCCUUCAUAAAACAGAGCAAGAAAAACUUGAAGCGAGUCAAGAGAGACGCCAACAUCGUUACGCAAAUUCAACUGACGUACAAAGACACAGAGACGGAGGUGCAGGAGAUUCAAAGAGCACUGGCUGUAGCCUUUGGCUAUGAUGAAGAUCUAUCUGAGCCGGAGACGAGUGAUGACAAGAAUGACGCACUGUCACUAGAUCUCCCAUCGUGCCUGCUCGCUUUCAAAAACAUCAAGGACGAGAUGUUGGUGCUAAUUGGAGAACCCUGUGCAUUUACAGAGAGUCUCCUCCUUCAAUAUAUCAAAAGCUUUCCGGAUGAAAUGCAUGGCGAGGGCGACACCUCAAUCAUUCAAAAUGCGAAAACCGAGGUCGAACACUUACUCCGCCGUGCAACUCGAGUGCAGGAUCAAAUCGUAAUUAUCUGUGGAGUCUCGACCGAGUCUUGUGCUACUGAAUCGGUCUCCUGGUUCUUAAGCACUACACUUGCUUAUAUAGAUGAUGUCCAGUAUUAUUUGGACAUUGAAGGAAUCACUGAGUUGACGGUUGCUCACUCGAUGGGAGAUCUUAUGUACCAGAAGGGUAUCCGUAUCUAA